AUUCUGCGCGAAAUGACUUACUGGAGCAUUGUGUUACUUACCUUGUGUGUUGGAGUGGUGGUAACUCACUAUCCUCCUGACAAUCCACCUUAUCUUUUGGAUGAAGCCACGGCUAGAACCGAAUCACGAAUACUAGAGCGAAUUGAACAUUUAUCACGAAUCUUGAGUAAUACAACAAAAGUGUUCAACGAUCGUGUAGACGAAGUAAAGCGUGAUUUCAGCAGUGUAUUUCUUGCACUAAAUGAAACGAAAAGUUCAUGCCGUCAAAGUAUAAGUCAAAUGAAAAACGAAACGACCGAAAUGUUUAAUGCGACAAACAGAGCUUUAGGACACAUUUCGGAACAAUUAAGUCAAUUUUCGACGUUAACUACACAUGGGAUGAUCAAUUUAGAGCACAAGCUAGAACGACGACCAGAGGAUACGGGAGUGUAUUUGAUUAGACCAGAUGCUUCCAGCAACAGAACGUUUGAAGUAUCACGUGAUUGGACGAACAAUCACGAAUUCGGAGGUAACUGGAUCGUUUUCCAGCGACGGUUCAAUGGUUCGGUCAAUUUCUAUCGUAACUGGACCGAGUAUAAGGAUGGGUUUGGUGAUCUACAUGGCGAACACUGGUUAGGAUUGGAUAAGCUGCAUGCAAUCUUGAAACCCCAUCAACACGAACUGCUCGUUGUGCUGGAAGACUUCGACGGUGUGAUUGCGUAUGCACAUUACGCUAACUUUAAGAUCGGAGAUGAAGGCGAAAAAUACGUCAUACAAUCGGUUGGCAAAUACACUGGUACGGCAGGUGACUCAUUUACCACUCACGGGAACACAACAUUUUCAACAUACGAUCAGGACAAUGAUGAAUUUUUUUCCAACUGUGCCAAAUCGUAUGAUGGUGCGUGGUGGUUCCAUCGAUGUUAUGAGAGGUACUGGAUCAGCAAUACAAAAUAUUCUAGUAGCGUAAUAUUUACUACAUAUUAGUUCUUUCUUCCUUUUCUUUCAUGUAGUCAUUUGAAUGGUGAAUAUUUGCAAGGAAAACUCACCAUACGAGGUGGUAUUACCUGGUACAAUUUUCGAGGAUAUUUUUACUCCCUGAAGAGCACCAAAAUGAUGGUUCGAUCUGUUGGCUGAAAAUUUGAUAAAAGUUGAACAAUAAAAAAUAAAAUUUUAAAAACCAUAUUGAAUAAAAUAUGAUUCGAUGCACAAAAAACUUCUGUGAUAAUUAAUACGAAAAAAAGAGAAGACAGAGAAUAGGCCAAAAUUAAGAUGAAAUGGAAUGGAUGGAAAAAUAAAAUCAGUAUGGUACAACAGAUCAACCUUUAUGGGAUCUUGUCAACAGUCUUUCAAUCAAAAUCAAAUCAGAAUCAAAAAGACUUUAUGGGGUCAACCGACAAUACUUCAGCCUACCAGAGCCUGGCGAGUCUAAUUCGUUUUACGAUAGUGAGUUCAUUCAGUUCAUUUGCUCUUGUCUCGGAGGCUUAUGAGAGAGCUGGAGCUAUAUCAGCUCUACAUAAUCCGAGCUUCCAUCAUCGUGGCAGGUGUUUUGAGCUGGAAAAAUUUCCUCAGACUGUAGAAAGACCGCUAGACAGCCACCACUCUAGCGCGUAACUUAACAUCAAUGUUGUUGUCUGUGCUGAUCUUUGACUCAAGAUAUAGAUAGAGUGUUGGACAACUUCAACCACAAUCUGUACGUCACUCCUGCGAAGGUCAGGAUUUGAUAACAAAUCCGCUAGUGGUGUCAACAUCCAUUUGGUUUCAAGCUGAUUCCAAGCUGAUUCAGUUGACAUAUUUAAAGCUCACUGGUAGUUGUGAGAUUUACUACCGAUAUUCAGCCACAAGCAUAUUCACUGAAAUAAUUUAAACCCAUCCGU